AUGCUCUCCUUCGUAUCAGCUACUUUUGCCCUUCUAUCGUGCUUCAUCGCAAUCACUGCUUCUCCCGCUCCGGCACCGGCUGCAGCUAAGGCUCUCGCAGGACCGUCCGGGUUCAACAUCACGAGCUUGGGAGUUAACGGCUCUGGAUGCCCUCCGGGCUCCACGUACUACGUUAUCAACGAGGACAAGUCGGCCGUCACCGUGACGUUCAGUCAAUAUUAUGCGGAAGCCGGACCAUCCAUCCCCGCGAGCGCUAACCGCAAGAACUGCCAACUUACGGUCGGAGUCAGGGUACCUGCCGGGUUCUCCUUCGGCAUCGCAAACGUCGACUAUCGAGGCUAUUAUCAACUCGAUUCCAAGGUCACAGCUGCUCAACAAUCCAUCUACUACUUCCAAGGUCAACUCCAGCAGGCAACCGCACGUUCCUCGCUCGUCGGCCCGGUCAAUGGCGCCUACUACACCUACCGCGACACCUUUGACCUCUUCACGACAGUCCUCAGUCCGUGCGGUGCAAACACGGUCCUGAACAUUCAGAGCGACAUCCGAACCAACAACGCGAACAACAAGAAAGGCAGUGGAUACAUCGCAACGGACUCAAUCGACACCAGUCUCAAGCAGAUAUUCAACCUACACUGGCAAACUUGCAGGUAG